AUGGACACUCUUUCAAGCCAUGGAUCCGACUUUCUCUGGGCCGUCACAGGCAUAUAUGUCGUUUCAUUUCUCGGUCUCCUCACCCUCUCCUUCACAGCCAAAGAAAGUGACCGUGUCUUCCACUACCUGUUCAGCUUCAUCCUGCUCCUCGGCGCCAGCACAUACUAUGCCCAAGCCGCCAAUCUGGGCUGGAUGACCGUGACUGACGAACAAGUCAGCCGCCAAGUCUUCUAUGCGAAAUAUAUCAACUGGGCUGUAUCCUUUCCCUCUCUCGCACUUGCUUUCGGCCUUCUUGCUGGUGUUUCAUGGACGACGAUGAUCUGCAAUAUUGCCAUGGCGGUCUAUUGGGUCGGCACCUAUCUGGUCGCUGCGUACACUUCCUCGGUGCAUAAAUGGGGGCUUUUCGCCUUUGGGACGUUUGCCUGGUUGAUUCUGGCCAUGAGCACGCUCAACGAGAGUCGCGAGGCUGCUGCCCUCCUCGGCGUGGAGAGGGAUUACCUCUUUCUCUCUGUCUGGUUGAAUCUUCUCUGGGUUCUGUACCCGGUGGCGUUUGCCUUGACGGAUGCUACUCACCGGAUUGGCGUCACGGGGGGUGCUGUCUUCUUUGGUGUGCUGGAUAUCCUGACCGUGCCUGUCUUGGCUUUGGCUUUUGUCCUUGUCUUCUCUCGUCGGUGGGAUUACCGCAAGCUCAGUCUUGCGUUCAGCGACAGUCGUCCUAGUCGAGAGUCGAGAGAAUGACAGUCCUUCACAAUGAGACUGGGCCCUUUGACAGUAUGCUUUAGAGGCAAGAGAUAGUUGAAAUUCCUAUAUAAUUCUCUUUCUACACUAUUCUAUCACAUACGACCACAGGGUGUGGAAAAUAGGGCUUCCCGUCCGCUCAGCCGUACUCAAGCCACACGCCGGUAGGUUAGUAGUUGGGUGGGUGACCACCAGCGAAUCCCUACUGUUGUAUGUUUUUUUCUUCUAUACUUGGCCGUUGAUUGAGUCUAUUAUACCUGCCAUUGAAAGUAGUAGUUAUAUACCUAAGUGUCCUGAUGAUUAUAUGAAGCCAUUGGUGUGUCAAUAGGACAUUUUUUCUACAAGACAGAAUCAUAAGAGAGCAACAUGAAUUAAGACAUACUUUGAAGCAAC